CAAAAAGAAAAAAAACACAUACUAAAUACAAUAAACUACUCAUCCCUAGACCAACGCGGUGCAACUUACGGCCUGUUCCGUUUCGGUUAUUGGGAGAGAGCAAUAGAACGUUCAGCCGCCAGUGAACGCCGCCUGUAGAGUAGAUCGAAAAUCUGAUGUCAUGUCGUUCAAUAACCCCAGCUCUAGCUCAGCCACCCUCCUCCACAGCUUCGUGCAAACUAUCUGCACCGCGAUGAUCCCUACAAUUUCCACCCUUAUCACCACCAUCAUCACUUACUGAAAAUAGUCGCAAUCUUUAACCUAUACGCUAUAGCUCUUGAAAGUUUUGUUUAUUAUUCUGUGUUCAGUAGAGGAAGAGAUAAGAUAAAAUAUGGCUGCUUUGAGUAGCAGUAGUAAGUUCUUCAGGGAUUCUACUUGCCAACUUCCUAGUGUGGUUUCCACCGAUUACUGCAAGAGGAGUGGGACAAAAUGGAGAUCUCCUCAAGCUGCUAUGAUACCCAGUUUCCAUCUUCCAAUGCGAAGUUUUGAAGUUAAAAAUAGGACGUCAUCAGAGGAUAUAAAAUCCCUUAGAUUGAUAACAGCCAUCAAAACCCCAUAUUUACCUGAUGGUAGGUUUGAUCUUGAAGCAUAUGAUGCCUUGGUCAAUAUGCAAAUUGUUAAUGGUGCUGAAGGUGUGAUUGUUGGUGGCACGACUGGUGAAGGUCAGUUGAUGAGCUGGGAUGAACACAUAAUGCUUAUUGGCCAUACAGUUAACUGUUUUGGUGGUUCAAUCAAGGUUAUUGGAAACACAGGAAGCAACUCUACUAGGGAAGCAAUUCAUGCCACAGAGCAAGGCUUUGCAGUUGGAAUGCAUGCUGCUCUCCACAUCAAUCCAUACUAUGGCAAAACCUCUGUGGAGGGAGUGGUUUCUCACUUUGAUAGUGUGGUACCUAUGGGUCCCACAAUUAUUUAUAAUGUGCCUUCAAGAACCGGCCAAGAUAUUCCCCCUCAUGUGAUACAUACUGUUUCACAGAGUCCUAACUUGGCAGGGGUUAAGGAAUGUGUGGGUAAUGAUAGGGUGGAAGAAUACACAGAGAAUGGAAUUGUGGUGUGGAGCGGGAAUGAUGAUCAAUGCCAUGAUGCUAGGUGGAACCAUGGGGCUACUGGAGUGAUCUCUGUGACCAGUAACUUAGUCCCAGCCUUAAUGCGGAAACUUAUGUUUGAGGGGAAGAACCCUGCACUGAAUUCAAAAUUAAUGCCUCUUAUAGAUUGGCUUUUCAGCGAGCCAAACCCCAUUGCAUUGAACACUGCCCUGGCACAACUUGGAGUUGUGAGGCCAGUUUUCAGGCUACCAUAUGUACCUCUUCAUCUCUCAAAGAGGGUAGAAUUUGUGAAUUUGGUCAAGUCAAUUGGACGGGAGAAUUUUAUAGGAGAAAAAGAUGUUCAAGUUCUCGACGAUGAUGAAUUCAUAUUGGUAGGCCGGUAUUAGUCUGUUUUUGUUGUCCAAGAUCCUUAGCAUGUAUGUCCAAUGACUAGUCUGUUUUUGCAUUUUCAGUUACUGUUUACAAAUAAGGUUUCUUGAUAGUUGAUACCUUGUUAAACAUGGAGAUGAGAAUGUACUAGCUGGCUUCCUAUUGCUGAUAUUCUGCUAAUGUAGUGCGCUUUUAAUGCUAAAAAUAUUUCAUUUGGCUGUUGUUGCUUACAAA